GUUCGAGUGAAAGCUGCUCUAAACAGGCAAUCAAAAACUCGACUUAUCGGACCAAACUGUCCUGGUAUUAUCAAACCUGGAGAAUGUAAGAUUGGAAUCAUGCCUGGGUAUAUCCAUAAGCCGGGGCGUAUUGGAAUUGUUUCACGAUCGGGUACUUUGACCUAUGAAGCGGUUUUUCAAACAACUGCUGUUGGCUUGGGACAAUCAACCUGUGUUGGCAUUGGCGGUGAUCCCUUCAAUGGAACGAAUUUUGUUGAUUGUAUUAAAAGAUUUUUACCGGAUCCUCAGACUGAAG